AUGAAAGAUUUUUCUUCUUCCAAUAACGGAACUAAUGAACAGCCUAAUAAAUUUAAAUGCAUACAACCAUUUGUUAGUAAUCCUAAACCUUCUAUAAUAAUAAAGGAACAAAAUUUUCAAUAUGGAAUAUGUCCUGAUUGUAAAAAAUCAAAUAUCGGAGAAGCUUGGUGCGGUGAAUGUGAUCCAGGUCGAUUUCUAAGAGAAAAAAAUACUACCGGAAAUCCAAUAAUGGACAAGUUGAUAAACGAAUUACAGCAUAUGGCAAAACAUUACCAUCAUAAUUUGGAGUGGAUUUCUUUUGAUAAAUUCAAGGAUGUUAAACCAAUUGAUGAAGGUGGUUUUGCAUGGAUUUAUUCUGCUACUUGGUUGGACGGAUCACCAAAAGUUCUAAACGAAAAGAAAAGCCGUACUGGCCCUAUUACGGUUGUACUUAAAAAGAUUAAAGACUCAAAUAAUAUUUCAGAUAUUCUUAUUAAUGAGAUAAAAAUACAUCACAAAUUUCAAAGGCACGAUGCAUUAACACAAUUUUAUGGAAUAUCAAAAGAUCCAUUAACGGAAGAAUUUAUGUUAGUCUUGGAAUUUGCGAAAAAUGGCAGCCUAAAAGACUAUGUUAAAAAUCAUUAUUCGGAUUUAAAGUGGGAAAAGAAGUUAAAAUUUUUACUAGGCAUUGCAAAAAAUUUAGAGAAAAUUCAUGAAUUAAAUUAUGUUCAUGGAGAUUUACAUAGUGGGAAUGUGCUUAUUUUUAAUGAAGAAUCGAAAAUCACAGAUUUGGGACUUGCACGAUCUGCAUUCAACAAGACAAAUUCAAAAAAUAUAAGUGGAGUACUUCCCUAUAUAGCUCCUGAAAUAUUAAAUAAAAAGCCUUAUACUCCUGCAAGUGAUAUAUAUAGUUUCGGUAUUAUUAUGACAGAAAUAUCAACAGGUAGACCUCCUUUUGAAAGUGUACCACAUAAUAUUGACCUUGCAAUAGAGAUUAGCAAUGGUUUACGUCCAAAAGUUGCCAAAGGAACACCAAAACAUUAUGUUGAUAUAGUUAAUCAAUGUCUCGAUGCUGAUCCGAAUAAUAGACCUUCUGCGACAAGUUUAAUUAAUAUAAUAAAUAAAUGGCAAAAAGAUUCUUCUCAAGAAUUUAUUAAUGCAGAUAAAUUUAGACCUCGAAAUUUAUCUGUAAAAACGUUACAUCCUCAAGCAUAUUUUACAAGUCGUUCGAUACUUGUGGAUAAUUCAAAAAAUUUUUUGGGAGUACAAAUUGAAAAUGCUGAAGUGGAAGAUGAAUUUAAUUUUCAAAAUGAAUCAAAUGCUUUUCAGGCAAAGCCCCAGGAUGAAAUAGAGGCCCGCGAUCAGGACAAUGAUAAAGUUCAUCAAAAUGGGUCGUUGAAAAAAUUAAAGAAAUAUAUUAUUGAUCGAAAACGUGUAAAUAAGAAGCAUGAUUCUCUUGAUCUCUCUUGGAUUUCGGGAAUUUAUCUUCCUAGUAAAGAAAAUAUUUUCACAAGAUUUUUUUUACAAAUUAUACUCGAUAUUAAAAUGGCAAGAAAAACGAAAUUAAGCAAAGAAGAGAAUAAUGCUAUCAUAAAAUAUAUGGAAAUGUAUAAAGAUCGCCAUAAUC